AUGGCGGAGACGAAGAGGCGGAGAGAGGACGAGCUGGGAGCGAGGGAAGAGGAGGAGAGCGGCUCUGCUCAGAGAGGACACAGCAAGACUACAACCAAGAGGAAAAGCAAAGGCCAACAGUCUGCAGGAAAGCCCCCUGCUCUGGGCAACAGGAUGGACUGGUACAACAAGGCACUGGAAUGUAUUCACGCGGCGGACACGGGGGAGCUCGAGGGGAUAUCCGCGAGGAUCGAGGAUCUUCAGCGAGCGCUGAAACUUAGGAUGGAGAAUCAUAGCAGUCAUCUGCUAGACCAGGAUGAGAUGCCCUUGGAGGAUGUGAUCGACAUCGACGGCACCGACGAGGUCUCCCUCUUGUCCCAGAGCGGCAACGUCGAGACAGAGGGAGGAGACAUAGCCAUCACGCUGGUGGAGAGCAAUCAGGAGCAGUUCUCCAACCCAGAUUACAAUCAAACGAUAAGGAGCGUGACAGCGAGCUUUGAGAUCGGAUCAGGGAAGAUGCCGUUCUCCAUAGAGUUCAACGUCCUCUACUCGGAAGGGGUGGAAAUCCCGUCGAUCAACGCCUUGUUCUUCAAUCUCAACACAGCAGAAUUCGAGAGCAUCUUCGGCCUACAGGAUGGAGAGUGCUCGAAGCCGAGCGAGGAGCAGCUCGACGUUUUGUUCGCAUCCUCCGGGAUCGAACCUCUUCGCUCGCGUUCGAAGAGGGCGGGAGGAGUUGAUGCCACGUCGCUGCCGGCCAAGAUGUUCUUGUUUGCGGACAUCUUCGAUAAGCUCGUCAGCCUCGUCAGCACGGCCGAGGGCCCCAUAGAUGACGUGGGCAUCUCUUUGGGGGUUGCGUCGGGCGACAUCUACGAGUGGCUGGAGCUGGGGGGGCAGAGGUAG